AUGUACUCUGGCAGUCCUCAAAUAGACAAUUUUUUUAUCGUGAAGAGUUUCUUCCCAUCUAUCUUUGCUAUGCCGUUGUUUCGCGAUCGUCCUGUUAGAUCCAUUAGCGCAGGUGACUCGAAAUCUCUUCGAGAGCAUUGCAUUGAACUAACCCAGGCAGCCGCGCUUGCAAUAUUUAUUGGCCAUUACAUGACGAAGUUGAUAUCUUCCUCCCGUACGCGUCCUGACUAG